AUGACGGACAAGGUUGGCAAGUGGCUUGAAGGAUCAGCCUAUGGCCCCGUGAUGAAGCAGACGGACAUCUUCCUCUUGGGCGUCACUUUGACUGUCAAUCCAGUGCUCACAGGAGAUCAUCCAGAUAUUAGAAUCAAUUUCAACGUUUCCACUGGAGACAUUACCGCCCAGAAUCCAAAGGACGACAAGGAAGAACCUCCUUGGGAACCGUAUCAAGAACAGCCCGCUGUACUACCGCGCUGUACGACCUUGUACAUUAUCUGCCGCCAGACGCCGUGGUGUAUUCACAUUGAGAACCGCACCGGUGUGACCGUCAAAGACGUGUUCACCUCUCUCUAUGCUUUUCACAGCAAUGAAUUUAUCACCGAAGAUGAAUGGAAUGCGCUGCCACCGAAAACCCAAGACAGGAUCAAGCGCAUGGCAAGGCAGGCAUGCGGACCUGUGCCGCAGACGCCCGGUCAAUGGAGUUAUUAUCAUCAAAGCCCCAAUCCGACGAGCGUCAGGUUCGCAAGAAAAGCCUGGCUUCAAUCCCGGGUCAACCUCGAUGACCUUAAAGUCGACGACGAAUACUGCGAGCAAAGGCUGGGCUACAAGGGCCCCAAUGUACUCGUCAUGACACUUACUGAGGACUAA